CCAAAACCGGCAUGCUCAUCAUUCUCAAGAUCAUUAUUAGUGUAAUUCAAGCAAUAACUUACCAACAAGAGCUACACAUGUGGUCAGAGCAUUUUUACUUUAAAGAAUCUAAGAUGGAAAGGAUUCUUCUUUUCUUACAUCUCAUUUCCCAGAUAAUGCCUUGGGGUUAUUUAGUUACAUCCACUCAUAUAUUCUGGUAAUACUAUUCUUCGGUAUUUGACAGUUGCAAUGUGACUAUCUAUUAUAGUUACAAUGGGAUUAUUUUUUCUCCAGUGACUGAGCUGUGCUAUAAGAGCUGGAUUGCAAGUGUCCCAGCCCUGCAGCGGGAGAUUACACUCAUACCUGUAUAAGUGUGUAAACUUGGGUUUAGAUUUCACUGUAUUUUGAAUUAAUUUAAGCUGAUUUACCCGGAAGAGAUGCUUCACCUGCAGUCUUCGUCUCGACCUAUUUCAAGAGGCUGAGAGAACAAAAAGACUUUCUUCAAAUUGCAGUUGCCCUUUGUAUGGUGCAUCAAAUUCCUUCCAUGAACUUUACAUUACCCUGCAUGCUAAUGAAUGAGACGGUUUUGAGUCCUUUCUCUGCUGGAGUUGUAGAGAGCUCUGGUUUGAGGAGACAGCAUGGAGCAUCGAAAACUAAACCUCGCUUGCGAAUGAAUGAAGAAAGUUUUCUUUGUUGCCUUUGGAGUGAUAACAACAUUGAUUGUUCUUUGUACAGAGCAAACAUGCAAGCAAGGAGGUUAUUUCCUUCAGAAAUAAGUAUCACUUCUUCUCAGGAAAUAGAUUCAAAUUGGAACAUUGAAUGCUGGAUAAAAGGCAAGCUGGACCUGUUAGUUUGUAGCCUUCGGUUUUUCAGUUUGUACUUAAGACCUGACUUGAAGGUUAAUCUUUCAUAUGCCAUAUCAGAUCUGCCACUCAGAGAUGUCUCUACAAGCUCUCUGAAGGGAACUGUCAUGGUUGCUCAGUGUGACUGUAGGGACUAUGAUGAGUGUGAGUGCUGUGUGCCUUCUCCGAGGCUCAACUACACUUAUGUCAUGUGGCUGAAGGUGAGGACUGGGGUAACAUCUUUGUGGUCACCUUUGAUGUCAGUCAAUCCCAUAGACAUAGUAAAGCCUGAACCUCCACUGAACCUGCAUCUGGAAAUGACAGAGAAAGGCCAAGUGAAGAUCUGCUGGUCUGACCCUGUGCUGAUACCGUAUCGACUUCAGUAUGAAGUGAAGAUCUCUGCAAAUUCAGGUCAAAAUGCUGGGCAGAUGGUUCAAGUUGCUCUAGAGACGUCACUGGCCAUAGACCAUGCACUGCUUGAGGCUUUGUACUUUGUUCAAGUGCGAUGCAGGAAUCAUCAUGGUCCAGGGUUCUGGAGUGAUUGGAGCACACCGUAUAAUCUCACCUGGGGAGCUGAAGUCCUGUACUUCCCUCCUAAGAUACUGACCAGUGUGGGUUCUAACGUUUCCUUUCAUUGCAUCUAUAAAAACAAAACCAAGAUCGUAGAGUCUAAGAAGAUUGUUUGGUGGCUGAAUUUAGCAGAAGAAAUCCCAGAAAGUCAGUAUACGCUUGUGAAUGAUCGUGUAAGCAAAGUUACUCUUUUCAACUUGAAAGCAACAAAACCUAGAGGAGGUUUCUUCUAUAACGCAUUUUACUGUUGUCAUCAAAAUAGGGAAUGUCAUCAUAGAUACGCUGAAUUAUAUGUAGUAGAUGUGAAUAUCGGUAUCACAUGUGAAACAGAUGGGUACUUAACUAAAAUGACUUGCAGAUGGUCUGCAAACCAAAACACAUUGCUCCCAGGAAGUUCCUUGCAGUUAAGAUACUACAGGAGCCGAAUUUAUUGUCCUGACUUUCCAACUACGUCUCCAAAAUCAGAGGUGAAAGAAUGCCAUUUACAGAAGAAUCAUUCUUAUGAGUGUACAUUUCAGCCUAUUUUUCUUUUAUCUGGAUAUACCAUGUGGAUAGAGUUUAAGCACUUACUGGGAGUACUUGAAUCCUCACCAACUUGUGUCAUUCCAGCAGAUUUCGUGAAGCCGCUUCCUCCCUCCAACGUUAAAGCAGAAAUUACCAGGAAUGCUGGGCUGCUGAAUGUCAGCUGGACAAACCCAAUAUUUACAAACAAUGAUCUUAAAUUUCAGAUUCGGUAUGCUGUGAACAGGGAAGAAAUUACAUGGGAGCUUUAUGAAGUUUCAAAUGCACCAAAAUCAGCUGUGAUAAAAGUUCAGAAGCUUUGUGUCGAGUAUGUUGUUCAGAUCCGGUGCAGAGAACUGGAUGGGUCAGGUUACUGGAGUGACUGGAGCAGAUCAGCCGUUGCGCUUGUAACAGAUAUCAAAGCUCCCUUACAAGGCCCUGAGUUUUGGAGAAUAAUUAUUGAAGACCUAGCAAGGAGGCAGAAGAACGUUACACUCCUGUGGAAGCCACUGAUGAAGAAUCAGUCAUUGUGCAGUGUGAGCCGAUAUGUUAUAAAGCAUCAGACAUCAGGAAACGCCACGUGGUCAGAAUAUGUUGCUAAUGGCACUACCUGUUCUUUUCCAUGGACUGAACGCACACAUACUAUCACAGUUUUAGCCAUGAAUUCAAUUGGAGUUUCUUCAAUUAAUUUUAAUUUAACUCUGUCACAGCAAAUGAGCACAGUGAAUGUUGUUCAGUCACUUAGCGCUUACCCAGUGAACAGCACUUGUGUGAUUUUGGUUUGGACGCUUUCACCUGAAAUCUAUUUAAUAACGUCUUUUAUUAUUGAAUGGAAGAACCUUGACAAAGCAGAGGAGAUGAAAUGGGUGCGAGUUCCUCCAAAUAUUAGUAAAUACUAUCUUUACGAUCACUUUAUUCUGAUUGAGAAGUACCAGUUCAGCCUGUACCCUGUGUUUGCUGGAGGAGUUGGCAAAUCCAGAACAACGGAUCGGUUUACCAAAGGUGGAUUUGAAAGUGAGAAUAAUGCCAGCCUCUAUGUGGUUCUGCCAAUAGUUAUUUCAACCUCUGUUUUGUUGCUUGGAGCAUUGCUGGUUUCACACCAAAGAAUGAAGAAGCUGUUUUGGGAAGAUGUUCCAAACCCCAAGAAUUGCUCCUGGGCGCAAGGAGUUAAUUUUCAGAAGCCUGAAACUUUUGAGCAUCUUUUUAUCAAGCACCCUGAAGCAAUGUCAUUUGAGCCUCUUCUUCUGGAACCUGGAAUAGUGCUGGAAGACAUGAGUGUUACCAAAGUGUUGAAAAGAGAAGACACACAAGAUUUCUUAGUAAUCAAUUCAAUGUUUACAAACAUUCAAGACUCUGAACAUGACUCUGCUUGUUCCAGCAGCCAUUUCAAUAGUAGCAGCUUCUCUGAGAGCUCCCAUGAUGACCAAAUCAGUGAAAAACUUACAAGGCAGUCUGAUACUAAAUAUGCUACCGUUAUCGGUAACUCCAGAUCAACCAGGCUUUAUGAAGAGAAGAUGAAUCUAAGAAGUUGUUUUGAUAGAUGCUUCUUAGCUGAGGAUUCCUUGGUUACAGGCACCUUCUCAGGUAGCUCUUGGAACAUGGGAAAUGAGGCAUUCCUCACAUUACCUGAUCCACCUGGCAGGCUGCCCAGCAAGACUCUUUCCCUUAUUUCUUCAGAGGGAUUUUCAGAGCCUUCAGAUCAGGAUGACACUUUCACAGAUGGAGAUAGUACUGAGCGGAGCCUGUAUUACCUAGGGAUAACAUCACUGGAAAAAAGAGAAAAUGGCAUUUUUUUAACAGAAAGCUCUGGGACGAUGUGUCAGUGCCAUACAGGUGAGCUACUCAAAGACAUGGGGUUUCUUCAGCACACACCUCCUCAUUUGAAUGCGUUUAUCCAAAGCAGCCUGAAGUAUAAAGCCAUCGUGUCAUAUAUGCCGCAGUUUCAGAUGACUGCUGCCAAGGUGCAAGAGACCACAGAGAAAAACUCUUAAGCUGUUACACCACAAUUUGAUACUCCUAAUGUUUUGGGGUUUUUUUAGGUGUUGAUGUGUCCCCUAGUUUUUCCCUCUCUUGACUUCUUUCAGGAGCUCUCCUAUUUUGAAGCUGAGUAACUGGUUCUAUAUUUGAGUGCCAGGAUUUUGGUAGGAAGAAAUUCCAUUUCUUGACCUAAUUUUCAAAUGUGAGGCCAUCCUUUAGAUAUCUGCUUGUAUUCAUCAGUGUCUGGUGCCAAAUUGUCCAUUGUUGGUGCCUAUUAUGUGUAUUUAUGAGCAGCCCGUGAAGAACUGCAGUUGAAAUUGAACUCUGUGCCAUAGGUGUUGAAGUGAGAGAAUGGGACGUGAUCCAGAUGCAGCCUGUGCUCAUGCUCAGUCCGUAGACUCUGUGCUAGGCUGUAGUCUAUCCCCAGGGCAGAGACUCCGGCAGAUCUGCAAGCCCUCUCUAGUCACGAAAAUAUAUGGCCACCACAUUACUCGUCGGCAGGCAGAGCAGAGCAGCCCCUCCCGGGUGUUGUUAGUGAUGUCAAGAGACUCUUCCACCAGCUUGGGAGAUGUGGAGGUGUCAGGGUGUUUGCAGGACUUGGUGUUGAGAUUCCCAAACACUCCUCAAGGGCUAGGAAGGGUUCAAGCAGGCUACACCAAAUGAACACAGCUUCUUUCUCAUGUGUACUAAGUGGCCUUUUACAGUCCCAAUGCAGGUUGUGCCCAGUUCUGUAGCAGUGGGUUUCCUUCAGUUUACUGUUGUUGAACAGGACCAUGUUUUCCACAGGAGUGAGCAAUGUGUCUAUUGGUGGUGCAGACCCAUACACAUUUCUUCUCUCUG